CGUAAUUUGACUCUUUUUCUGCAUCGGCAUAAAAGAAAGAUGAGAAAAAGUUUUGGUUUUAUGGCAUUCCUUCUACCAAUUUUCGUUUUUGCUAUCUCAGAAAUUACGACUGUGAAGGCGAAAGUAUGUGAAAAGCCAAGCAAGACUUGGUUUGGGGUGUGCAAAGACACAGCCAAGUGCGACAAGCAGUGCAUAGAGUGGGAGGGUGCAGAACAUGGAGCUUGUCAUCAACGUGAAGCAAAAUACAUGUGCUUUUGCUACUCCCAAUGUGAUGCCAAAGCGUCUCCUACUCCUCCCUCUACUGCUCCCCCUGCGAAUGGGUCACCGACUCCACCUGGAACUCCUGGAAGUGAAGGCGGACAACAACCUCCUGCGGCAGCGGGUGGAUUUCAAGAAUUUGUUCGAUCAGAAGAAGAGGAACUAAACCGCAAAACAUCUUCCGAACUUGAGAUCACGAAGCCUCCCAUCCCUAAAGGGAUUUCGAAAUCAUAUAGCACUACUAAAAUUUCAGAGAUUAAUGGAUUCGAAAUUAAAGGUAGGGAUCUCUACAAAGAUACUUACACCAUUAAAGUUAAAGUUAUUUGUCUUUGGAGACAACCAGACUUGAAAAUUCCUUCGGAGACCUUGCCUAUUGUGUGA